AUGGUUCGUUCUCCUAAAUCAAAUUCACAUCGUCAUUCUAGUUCAAAUCAAAAACAAAAAAGACGAAGAGAUUCAUCAUCAUCAUCAGCAGCUUCUGAUAAGAAUCAUGAACGUUAUCAAAAACGACAUCAAGAACAAUCUCGUGAAGAUAAUCGAUCACGUUCAAAUGUUCGUGUUAAACAAGAACCUAUAACUGAUGAUGAAUCUCGUCGAAAUCGUUCACAAAAAUCUAAUGAAUCUUCUACAAUAAAUCGUCGUAAUCCACGUAUAAAAGAAGAUAAAUCCUAUCAAUGGGGAAAACAAACAGAAAAAGAAAAAUCAAAAGAAAUUCCUAUUGAAAAAGAAAAACCAAAUUUUGCUCUAUCCGGUGCAUUACUUAAAGAUACAAAUACAUAUAAAGGUGUUGUUAUUAAAUAUAGUGAACCAAUUGAAGCACGAAAACCAAAACGACGAUGGCGUUUUUAUGUUUUUAAAGGUGAACAAGAAUUACCAAUGUAUCAAAUUCAUCGUCAAUCAGCAUAUUUAAUUGGUCGUGAUCGUACUGUUUGUGAUUUACCAGUUGAUCAUCCAUCAUGUUCAAAACAACAUGCUGUUUUACAAUAUCGUUUAAUGGAUUAUAAACGUGAUGAUAGUACAAUGGGACGUCGUGUUAUACCAUAUAUUAUUGAUUUAGGUUCAGCUAAUGGUACAUUUCUUAAUAAUAAAAAAAUUGAAUCAGAACGUUAUUAUGAAUUACGUGAAAAUGAUGUUAUUAAAUUUGGUUUUAGUACAAGAGAAUAUGUUUUAUUACAUGAAGAUUCAGCUAAUAAUAUUGAACAAAUUAGUGGUGGUUAUGAAGAUGAAGGUGUUGAAAUAAAACAAGAACCUAUUGAACCUACAAAAAAAUGA